ACACCCACCACUAACCAUCAUUCAUUUUCUUCAUUUUACUAUCAAUCAAAAAAUAUUAAAAAUCCUCUAUCAUCUUUUUCAAUAAUUUCUUGUUGAUUAAUUAUUAACCAUGAAAAUGGAAGUUGUGCCAUACACUGAUCCAAACUCCAACUCAAACUCACCACCGUGGCAAGAAAUGUUCCGAUCAGCUGCCACCCACAAACCCCCCACUUCACCACAACCACCACCACCACCGGCACCGGCGCCGGCGCCGGCCAAAGAUGAAGAAAGCCCAUCACUUUCCGGCGACCCACAAGUUCGUCUUGCACUAUAUAUAGCUAUGGCUCAUGCAGGUUUUGCUUUUGCAUUUUUUAUACUUUUUGGUGUUUAUAAAUUGCUUGAACAAUAUCUGCGGCCACUUUUGUGGGCUGUUCUUUGUUCAAUCCCUCUUAGAGGUAUUCAGCAAACCCUUGUUUCAUUUUGGUCUGAGCCUCUUAAAUUAGGACUUACUGAAACUGUACUUGCUAUUCCUGUUUGGAUGUUUCGGGUUUUUGUUGGUGCUUUAGUUGAAGUUAGAGAAUUUUUUUUCAAGAUUAUUCGUCGUAAGAAGAAGAAACUAGACGUUAUGAAACGCAAACGAUCCGGGUUUUCGAUUUUGUUAAGAUGGUUGGUGUCUUUUUGGGUAUUUGUUAUAGUUUAUGAGAAUCUUGGUAGCUUUGGUACUCUUAGUGUAUUAGGAUUAGGGUUUAUGUUUACUUCUAGUAAUGUGGACUCUACAAUGUCAUAUGUUUCGUCUUUUCGUAGUCAUAGUUUUAAACGUAGCCCAUAUUCAGCUAUUUUCACGAAAAGGAUAUUGAAACGUUUGGAAACGAUUGUUGCUAUUGGGUUGAUUGUGGGAAUGAUUGUUUGUUCGUUGACUAUGGUGUUGUUCUUUUCAUAUAAGGUUGGAGUUGAGGGGAAAGAUGUUGUUUUUUCUAUUAAAUCUCAUGUUGAAGAAAGUAAUUAUGCGGAAAAGAUUGGUUUGAAGCAAUGGAUGGAUGAGAAUGAUGUGUCGGGUAUGGUGGAUCGUUAUACUACUCAGUUUUAUGAAACUAUCUAUGAUCAGAUUGAUAGUUUGGCAGCUCAGUAUAAUAUGACUGAAAUCGUUGAGGAAAUUAAAAAUAUAGUUUCACCACGCUUUACAAAUACUUCCUCUCGAAUGACCACCUUAGUUACACCUAAUCCGUAUGCUGAGAAAGUUCUUAGUCUGAGAAAGAAGGUUAUUAAUCGCGAAUGGGCCAAGAUUUAUCCUGAACUCAAUGUUUUAUUCAAAGAAGUUGUAAUCAGUAGGGCGGAUAUCACAGAAAAAGCAAAAGCAAUUGCUUUUCAGGGGAAAGACGUGCUCCAACGUGUUUUGGCUAAUAGUAAAUCGUUAAUUGGUGGUAGUAGUAAGCUUGUCUUUGUAGUGAUUGAACUGAUUGUGUCUGGAGCAGCGGGUGUUUUAAAUUUCGUUUCUCAAUUGACAGUUUUCAUAUGGGUUUUAUACUCUCUUAUAACAUCAAACUCCGGUGGUGUUACCGAACAAGUAAUGUGUAUGAUCCCGAUCUCAAAGUCGGCUAGGGCACGAUGUGUGGAAGUUCUUGAUAAAGCUGUUUCGGGUGUUCUUUUAGCGACUGCUGAGAUUGCUUUCUUUCAAGGAUGUCUCACAUGGCUUUUGUUUAGGUUAUUUGACAUUCAUUUCUUGUAUAUGUCAACUUUCCUAGCAUUUAUCAGCCCAUUUUUCCCCAUAAUUCCGUACUUUAUAUCAACGGUACCUGUAGCAUUCGAAUUGGUGCUUGAAGGUCAAUUUCUAGUCGCGGUGUGCUUGUCGAUUAUACAUAUUGUGCUUAUUGAAUAUGGCACAACUGAAAUUUUAGAAGAUGUACCUGGUCACAAUGGGUAUCUCACCGGGCUUAGCAUUAUUGGUGGAGUCGCAUUGUUCCCAUCUGCAGUCGAGGGAGCUAUAUUCGGGCCCUUGAUAACGACUGUUGUUAUAGCUCUGAAGGAUUUGUAUGUAGAGUUUGUCUUGGAUGACCCAAGUAAAGCAGAAAAGGACUAAAAUGUCCUCCAAGUUUAGUAGCAGUUUGCAGGAAGAUUUUGUGCUUGUAUAUUAUCAGUUGAAUCAGCUUGUAUUCAAUUCAUGAUGCUCCAUCCUUAUUGUGUAUGGUGUUACUAGAUGAUUUUACUAGGGUAUAUUGAUUCUUAUUUUUUGUAAUUGUACUCUCUUGGUAUUUUUGUAUGUAUAAAAAUUACUGUGCUGUUACAAGUGACAAAUAUUUAUAUGUAUAAAGUUGAUUUGUAUU